AUGUCCGCCAAUUCGCGGCCCCCGAAGCCGUCGAAAUGGUCGGUCGGCUCGCUCCUGCAGCAGGCCGUCACCACCGUCGAGUCUCGAUUAGAUACCAUACUAGCCGACAACGAGGAUGACAACGUGUCUACAAAAGAGGAGGAAUCAAGAGCUGCGGCUCCAGCUGAGAAGCAAGAUACUCGCGCUGGCGACUCCCCCGCGAGGCCUGGUGCGUAUGCCUUUUUCUCCCCCCCCCUUUUAGUCCAGGAGCGCGUUAGGCUCACAAUUGCAGGCGUAUCAAGGAGUUCUUCUUCAGCUCGGACCAAUGAGCGCCUGCAAGAACGGCUCGCACGCGCGAUGGUUAAGCAAGGCGGCUCCUCUACCAAUCUUGCCAGCACCACGCCAUCGACGGGCCUGCCAUCCCGGACUACUAGCCCCCUUCAACAGACGGAAAGCAGAUCAAGUGUGGAUAGUAUAGCUGGAAACAUUGAAAAGUCUGCGAAAGCUGAGAAGACGCCGACACCAGCGUCAAAUGGUUCGGAUAGCCAACCCGUGGUGGAAAAACUUACUGGUUCAGAGGAUGCAGAUGGAGAGGAACUACGAAUGUCUAUAAGCUCGAGAGGGGACGCUGGCCAGCCGGAUAUAGAACCUGUCGAACCGCAAGGUAGCCCUGUGCCUGCCAUUGGUGUCACGUCUCCUCCCCCUGAACCGCCUACGGGUCUCGAGUCUGCUCUUUCCGAGCUGCACGCGGAGCACGAGCUAGCAGAAGCCCGAUGGAAAGAAGAAUUGCACACAUAUAUCGAGAAGAUCGAUGCUUUACAAGCGAAAUUAAAAUAUCUGGCGAAGGAGGCCGCGGAAUCGGCCAAAAAUGCGGCUGCAACUGCAACUCCCGGAAGUCUGGAAAAGAAGCUGCUUGAGAAGGAUGAACGGAUAGCUGCAUUGAUGGAGGAAGGACAAAAGCUGUCAAAAACGGAGCUGGACCAUCGCGCAACUAUUAAGAGUCUGCGACAGUUUAUUGCAGAUAAUACGAGGUCCCAAGCUGAUGCGAAGCGACGGAUGGAGAAGCUGGAAAAGGAUUUGUCAAAGGCAGAAGCUAAAGCUCAACGGCUUGAGCAAGCAGAGCAACGAGCCUUGUCGAAAUUGAGUUCUCAGUCAAAAACUGAGAAGGACUUAGAAGCGAUUACUGCUGAGCGAGAUGCCUCUAAUACAAAAUUAAUGGAACUGAAUGCUCGGCUUAGCAUGGUGGUUGCUCGAGCCGAAGCUGCUGAGAAAAGAAUGCAGUCUCAGACAGAAGAAGCAGAGAGCCGUCGUAUCACAGAGCUCAAGGACGAUCUUUCGAGCGCCAAGGUCGAGCGCGAGAUAAGCGAAGAGAAACUGCGCAGGGAGGCCCGAGAUCUCAAGGAGUCGUUAGAGCGGGAAAAGGAGCGUGGCAAGGUGCAAGAGAUGGAGCUUCGGGGGGAGUUGUCGGUUCUGGAGAGUAAAAUGGAGACUCUUCGAACUCGGGCUGAGGAGGUGUCUUCCAGCGCGACGGGCGAUGCACAGGCCAAGCUCCUACGGCAGAUUGAGCGGUUGCAGACCCAGUACGCUGUUGCGAGAGAGAAUUGGAAUGGGAUUGAAAGCUCGCUGAUGUCGCGUCUGGCGAAUGUUGAAAAGGAGCGGGACGAGAUCGCGCGAAAGGAAGGGGAUUUGAGACGGAAGAUUAGAGAAGCGACGCUGAAAGCCAAGCGUGCUGAGGGUGAAGCAGAGAAUUCUCGAGAGGUGAUCAGUGAGACGGAAAGGAACCUGGAGGAAGCACGGCAAGAGGGAAAGAAACUGGAACAAAAGCUUGCAAAAGCAGAAGCCGAUGUUCUCGAGGCCAAACAAGAUCUUGCAAACCAGAAAGAAGCCAUCGAAGCGACAUGGUCCCAGCGGCUUGAAGAAGAGAAAUCUAAAUGGCACGAGCAGCUCCCAGCAUCGCCUCCGUACCUUAACCAACAUAUCGAAUCUCCAACAGGGCUGAAUCGAAGACCUGAUACCCUCGGGAUCAUGCUAGACCAUUCUUCGAGCCGUCGAUCCCCUGUACCUCUGUUCCCACCGGAGCAGGACACUCCACCUAGGCAAAACUCAUAUUCGUCUCUCACUUCGGGCCUUAACCUUCGACAUCCCUCCCUCGGCGUUUCGUCCACCUCUUUAGAGCUACCUAUGCAGACCUCCGAGCCAGAGGAGUAUUUUACCGGCUCCCAAACCCCCACCAGCCCCCCAGGAACUGGAGCAUACCACUCCAGAGGAAUCAACGACAUCGUUUCCGCUUCCACUGUUGCCGCAGGCCCGUCCGUGCAACUUGUUGAAAGAAUGAGUGCCACAGUGCGCCGACUGGAGAGCGAACGGGCUGCGUCCAAGGACGAACUGGCUUGCAUCACGACGCAGCGCGAUGAAGCGCGGCAGGAAGUGGUGGAGCUGAUGAAGGAGGUUGAAGAGAAGCGGGCGUCUGAUGCGCGGAUACAAGAACUGGAAAGCUCCGUCAAGAGUCUGAAUGAGAGAUACCAGACUACGCUGGAGAUGCUUGGAGAGAAGAGUGAGCUCGUCGAGGAGCAAAGGGCGGAUAUCCAAGACCUGAAGAAGAUUUACCGGGAGCUGGUGGAAAGUACUAUGAAGUGA